AAUUUAGUCACCAAAGGAGUUUUGGAGUUUUGUCACCAGGGGCAAAUUUUUUGCACUAAGAUGUUUCAUAAAUACGGGCCCUGUAAUACAAUUCUGAUAGCCAUAGGCACCAAAACUGGUUCAGAGAUCUGAGAAAUCUUCUUUCUCAGAAUCAAAACAAGCAGCGACGUGACUAGGGUUGACAACUUUCUCACUCUGAAAUAAGGGACAAAAGAUGGCCUGCCGCAGCAUCAUAAGCAGGAAGUGAAUGCGGGAGAAGUGGGAGGAUCCAGUUGAAAUGGGCGGAGGUGUUUAUACAUAGGUAAGGGUUUUGGGAUGGGGGCUGAGAGAUUCCAAACAAAUCUACAAACAGCAGAAGUCAGCUGGGUGAAACCUUUUAAACGUUCAGUCUGGAAGAGCAAGAAAAGACAGGAAAGUAGCACAUAUAGUAGUGCACUGAGUAAAGGAGGGACUGGAGAGAGUGAGGUCUUCUCGUAGACAUAGAGGUGGCUUUGUGAUCUCCAUCUGCUAGGAACACAUCAGCACCAGCAAUCAAAUCAUGAGGGGUAAAACACAGGUCCCUGAAGAGAACACAAGACCCCUAAACCCAACACAUCAAGUGCCUCAUCCCGGAAAACACCGAAAAGCCAAGGCAGCUCCAAAGAUGCAAAAUAAAAGAAGGCCCACUGCAAAAAAGAUCAUCAUUACAAUCCUCAUAGUUUUGGUCAUAUUGGCCAUUCUGGCUGUGGCUGCUUACUUUAUCAAGCAGUUGAUCGAUAGCAAGUAUUUCUUCUGCUCCAAGUCGGUUAAGUUCAUUCCUCUGGAGAAGGCUUGCGAUGGUAAAGCGGAUUGCAGCGAUGGAGAAGAUGAAUCAGCCUGCGUCAUGAAGUUUGGACCGAAUUCCACCUUCCCCCUACAGCUGGCCACAUCUAAUAAUGUACUGCAGGUAUACAGUCCUGAUAACAAUAAAUGGAAAAGCGUAUGUGCAGAUGGAUUCACCCAACAACAUGCUGAGACAGCGUGUCAACUCCUGGGAUAUACAUCUAAACCGUCAUACAGCACAGUUCAAGUGGGUCUUUUGCCCUCUGCUUUAAAGAUGUCUUUCUGUGCUGUGGGCUCAAGCAAACCACAAACUUUCCAAUCCACUGUUUCAGAUCGAACGGUAUGCAGUACACAAACAGUUGUCACGUUGACAUGCUCAGUUGAUUGUGGUGUGGGCCAUGAGGACCGGAUUGUUGGUGGAAAGGAUGCGGUUAUUGAGAAUUGGCCUUGGCAGAUCAGUCUGCAAUACAGCGGCCAGCACACCUGUGGAGGGUCACUGGUGUCUCCACAGUGGGUAGUUACUGCUGCUCACUGCUUCAACGGUGAUGGUAGGAAAGAUCUCGGCAGAUGGACGGUGGUUUCUGGAAACACAUAUCUCAGCUCUUCUGGAGCUUCCGCUGUGAACAAAAUCCUCAUCAACAGAGAUUACAACCCUUCGCAAAACGACUAUGACAUCACCAUGAUAAGACUUCAAAAUCCUAUUACAGUGGGAGAUACCCGUAAGCCUGUGUGCCUGCCCCCCAAGGACUUGGGCCUUAAAGCAGGAGACAAUUUAGUUGUAACUGGCUGGGGACAUCUGAGCGAGACAGCUGGUAAUUUGUCACCAAACUUACAGAAAGCUCAGAUCCCACUGAUAGACCAAAAUCAAUGUUCAAGUCCCACAGUCUACGGUUCAAGCAUAACUCCCAGGAUGAUAUGUGCUGGUUAUCUGGAGGGCAAGGUGGACGCGUGCCAGGGUGAUAGUGGUGGUCCUUUGGUAUAUUCAGGUGACCGUUGGAUGCUGGUGGGUGUGGUUAGCUGGGGUAUGGGCUGUGCCAGAGCAGGUUUCCCCGGUGUUUAUACCAAUAUGGACCAAAUGCUCGACUGGGUCCACUCGGUCAUGCAGGAGUUUAAAUGAGUUUGGGAUGGAGGACACUAAGACAAACCAACAACAUGGAUUCACUACAAAGAUCUUCAGUAUGCGAUAAGAGAAAAAUAUAUGGAGUAAUAUGUAAAGUGGGGGUUAAAAAACUGGAUUUGAAAUGUAAUUUAAAGUUGGGGGAGAUUACUAAAGUGAAAAAAUGCAACAUCAAAGCAUUUUUAUUAAUGGUCUGGUGAACUCCUAGUGUACUGUAUAUACAAACUUGCAUUUUUGAAGGAACUUAUGCUGGAGUUUUUUGUCUGCACUCAGGGUCUUGUGAUAUGUUUAAAGGUGUCACGAGAAAGAUUUUGCACAUCUUAAUAUAUGUAGGUAUAAAUUUGAACACAAAUAUUGCUAAAAGAGAAACAAUAAUGUAUCUUCUCUUUUGGACAACAUUUAAUCUUAUUGUGGUCUGCAGUGAUGCACUACAAGUGAUGUCAAAUACACUUUUGUUUAAGUCUGUUUGCAGCCACAUCAGGAUGACGUUUUCUUUCUUUCUAAGAUCUUCCCAAGAGAUAAUCUUCAUUUUAAAGGCCAAUCUAUUUUGCCAAAGAUACCAAAAUACAACAAAGCAUUUAUGCCAAGCAAAAGAAGUCUUACUGUCAUGUUAGAAAUGGAUUGGCAUAUCAUGCCUUGGAGACCAUGUCCAUGACCACGUUGCAAUUUUGCUUCUGUGUGUGCAUGUCAGUAAAAUGGUCCCUAGCUGUUAAUGGGGCAGAACUUUUUAAAAAGGUACAAAUAUUUACCCUUUAGGUACAGAUAUGUAUACAUUUGGUACCAGUAUGUACCUGUGAGGUGUUAUUGACUCUUAUUUGAGGUCUUUAGUUGCAAAGGUGUACGUUUUGAAAAGGUAUGCACCCUAGCUAGGGUGCAUUUUUUUCUGACAGUAUACAGAAGUCACUCCAGAACUUUCCAUAAAUCUUACAGUAAUUCUGCUACUGUAGCAAUAUUUUGCAAAUAAAUAUUUUUAUGUAGCACCACUCCUGUAUCCACUAUAAGCUGGUUUAAUUCAGUUCUCACUACUUGAAAUUUUCAGAAGUGACUUCAGUUGUGUGAUGUCACGUCUGUAAAUAAAUCAAUUCUGUGUGAACAGACUGGGAUUAAAUACUGAAGUGAUGACCAUAUACAGCUGCUGCAUGGGUGCAUAUGGCCAUGAAUCAUGUUUACCUGAAGUUUUCAAUACGUGGAUUAGCAUUCUUCUUAUUGAGUUGUAAAACUCACUUAGCUUUUAAAUAUUUGUUAAAACAAUUUGUUAUUUUUAUGCAAACCUAAGUGAGCAUACUUUAAAACGCUUUGUUAACUUACGUACAUUGUUUUUUAUGCAUGUAAAUAACCCAGUGACAGAAAACAACAGAAUUCACACUAUUUGUGAAAGUAAAGGAUAUUUCUUGUAAAUAUUGCACAUAUUCAAUCUGUUUGUCGUGUCAGAUUUAUUAAAAUAAAGACUGGUAAACUGUAAGUGUGGUCACUGACUAAUAAUUUACAUUUACACAUUUGACAGACGUUUGAAUCCAAAGCAAUUUACAGUGCAUUACAAGGUAUACAUUUUAUCAGUAUGUGUGUUCUUGGGAUCAAAC